CGGUCCGUCUGUUCCCCCUCCCCAGUCCCGGCGGGCCGGGCCGCUGUCUCUCCGCUGCCGGGGGCAGAAGAAGGAGGAGGAGGGACCCGCCCCCCCCCGGGGUGUGUCCCACUAAUGGCGUCGGACAGCGACACCGAGGAGUUCUACGAUGCCCCCGAGGACGUGCACCUGGGGGGUGCCUACCCUGCCGGGUCCCCAACAAAGAUUGGGUUUCCAACCUUGAAGGAGACAGAUAGCAUUAAACAUAAGGUUGGAAAUGAGUCCGUUGUUCAAGAAUUGAAACAGGAUGAUUCCAAGAUUAUUGACAGUAUUAUUGAGGAGAGUCAGAAGGUCCAGCAGCUUGAAGAUGAACCUUUGGAUUCCAAGGGAAUAGAACAUUCUGAUCCAGAAUCAACUACAAGUACUCUGGUUGUUGGAACAGACCUUCUGAGCAAUAUUCCUGGACUUUCAGCCACAGAUCAGGUGUCACAAGAUGUUAAAAAAAGAGAAAAGCAGAAUACAUUUAAGGAAACCAAAUCCGAUGCUAGCAAAGAUCCUUGUGCUUAUUAUGAAAGUGUCUCUGAGAAGCAAGUUAGUGAAACUGUUCAGGUAAUAAAAGUCAGUUCAACUGAUGAGCAUACUGUAAUGGAAACCGAAGCAGCAGCAACCAAAAAUGAAGAAGAAAUAAAACAGACUGACAUUUUAGAACAGGUAUCCACGGACUUCUUCCCUCCCAAAGAUGUAGCUGCAGCAGAAGAAACGGCUCCUGUCAAGCCCCCAAGGCAUAUUCCUGUAGAGCCCGAUAUCGUGGCAAGCACUAAGAAGCCUGUCCCAGCUCGGCCUCCCCCCCCAACCCAUCUCCCUCCACCCAGACCCCCCCCUCCUGCCCGGCCUAAUCCUCCGCCCCGGAAAAAGAAAAAUGAAUUGGAGUUGGAGACUCUGAAAUCGUCAGAGCUAGAAGUUCCUACAGAGAAUUUUGCAUCUGGUAGUGCCUUGACUCCUGGUACGUCUUCCGAAUGCCAGCCCAAGGAUGCACAACCUUCCCUUGAUUUGGCGAGUGCAACCAGUGGAGAGAAAAUUGUCACUGACCAGGAAAAUGGAAAAGCAUCUGAUGGGCCGACAGUAGCAGGGGAGAUGAUGGGUCCUCAAAGACCAAGGUCCAAUUCUGGAAGAGAACUUACUGAUGAGGAAAUUUUGGCCAGUGUAAUGAUUAAGAACCUUGACACAGGAGAAGAAAUACCUUUGAGCCUUGCAGAAGAGAAAUUGCCUACAGGGAUUAAUCCGCUCACCCUACACAUUAUGAGAAGGACUAAGGAAUAUGUGAGUAAUGAUGCAGCACAGUCAGAUGACGAAGAGAAGAUCCAGUCCCAGCAAACAGAUACCGACGGCGGAAGGCUAAAACAGAAGACGACUCAGCUCAAAAAGUUCUUAGGAAAAUCAGUGAAAAGAGCCAAACACCUUGCUGAAGAAUAUGGCGAGCGUGCUGUAAAUAAAGUUAAAAGCGUUCGAGACGAAGUGUUCCAUACUGAUCAAGAUGAUCCUUCGUCAAGUGAUGAUGAAGGAAUGCCAUACACAAGACCAGUGAAAUUCAAAGCGGCCCAUGGAUUCAAAGGACCUUAUGACUUCGAACAGAUCAAAGUGGUUCAAGAUCUUAGUGGUGAACACAUGGGAGCGGUUUGGACCAUGAAGUUUUCACACUGUGGACGAUUACUUGCUUCAGCUGGACAAGACAACGUUGUGAGGAUAUGGGCAUUAAAAAAUGCUUUUGAUUAUUUCAACAACAUGCGAAUGAAAUACAAUACAGAAGGACGCGUAUCCCCUUCACCUUCUCAAGAAAGUCUGAAUUCAUCCAAAUCUGACACCGAUGCAGGAGUGUACAGCGGUGCUGAUGAGGACCCGGAUGAUAAGAAUGCACCGUUUCGGCAGAGGCCCUUUUGCAAAUACAAAGGACACACGGCAGAUCUUCUUGAUCUUUCCUGGUCUAAAAACUACUUCUUGCUUUCUUCUUCCAUGGAUAAAACCGUCAGGUUAUGGCACAUUUCCAGAAGAGAAUGCCUCUGCUGUUUUCAACAUAUAGACUUUGUCACCGCUAUCGCGUUCCAUCCAAGAGACGACCGGUAUUUUCUGAGUGGGUCCUUGGAUGGAAAACUCCGACUCUGGAACAUUCCUGACAAAAAAGUGGCGUUGUGGAAUGAGGUGGAUGGCCAAACCAAGCUGAUCACGGCCGCCAAUUUCUGUCAGAAUGGCAAAUAUGCCGUCAUUGGCACCUAUGAUGGACGAUGUAUUUUCUAUGACACUGAGCAUUUGAAAUAUCAUACGCAAAUACAUGUACGAUCUACCAGAGGACGCAACAGGGUUGGAAGAAAAAUUACUGGCAUUGAACCGUUGCCUGGAGAAAAUAAGAUCCUGGUGACCUCCAACGACUCCCGAAUUAGACUGUAUGACCUUAGAGAUUUGUCAUUGUCUAUGAAAUACAAAGGUUAUGUCAACAGCAGCAGCCAGAUCAAAGCAAGUUUCAGCCAUGAUUUUACGUACAUUGUUAGUGGCUCAGAAGAUAAAUAUGUUUAUAUUUGGAGUACUUACCACGACCUAAGCAAGUUUACAUCAGUCCGAAGAGAUCGCAAUGACUUCUGGGAAGGAAUUAAAGCACACAAUGCAGUUGUCACAUCAGCAAUCUUUGCUCCAAACCCAAGUUUGAUGUUAUCGUUGGAAAUGCCAUCUGAGAAGGCUGAAGCUAAUGAUCAAGAUAAUGAUUCUCAAGUAUCAGAUGCCAUGCCUUCUGGUGCCCUGAAGACAGACCAUACGGAAGUUCUUCUGUCUGCUGAUUUCACUGGAGCAAUCAAAGUGUUUAUCAACAAAAAGAAAUUUGUAGCUUGACUUGUGUGAAAGCAAUUCAAAAUAAACAGAGAUGAGUACAUUUCUGUAGGCAUCCUGAGUGAAAAAACAUUGGAGUAGUGUUGCAGGCUAACAUUGUUUUUAAGCUGUUCAGAUCUAAUAUGUUUUGGGAGGCAGUGUCAAGGAGCUAGUAACUGGGCCAGGUAGACUAGAAAGGGCACGUACGUGCAAGAAGAGAAUUGCCCAGUGGUUGGCCUGACAUUUUAAAAAUGGUUGUGGUUUUGCUAUAUAGUUGUCAACAUGCAAAGGUUUCUGCAUGAAAUAUAUUCAUCUAUGAAUCUCCUGUGUGUGCCUUUUUUUGGUUACAUGCCCUGAAUUUAACAGCUCAGUUCUUCAGAGGCUCUUUUGGCCAUUCAAUGACAGGAAAAUGGUUUUGGUUUAGAGUUAAAAAAAAAAAAAAUCUUUUCUUUUGCACAGAAUUCCGUUUUUUGGUUUUUUUUUUUUUUUUGAAGGUGGUACCUUUGAACUCUUUGAGUGACUUGGAGAAGGUGAUACAGGUUUCCAGUAGGUCAACAACUAUGUGUAAAUGUUUUCAUAAAUUUCUCAAUUUGAGGACAAAUUGUUUUUGUGGCCCAACUUGUUGUGGAUUUUAGGGUUUUCUUUGUAUGUGUAUAUAGAAAUAGCAUUUCUUCUUUUUUGCACACUGGAGCACAAUGUUUCUAUGUAAAGAACACUUCAUUCCUUAUUUGUGGGCACUAGGCUCUGUGAGAGCUCACUUAAAAAGAAAUGAAGAUGAACUCGUUAGAAAUUCUUUUCUACAACAAUGUAAAAAUGAACUGUUUACAUUUUUUUAAGGCAUUGGAGUUUUCCAAAAUUAAGCUGUUUUGGUUUGAGUUGCUGAAUUUGAAAGACUUUGUAAAUAUUGUACUGUACCAAUGAACCCCAAGUGUGGUGUUGACGGUUAGCCUGUGUCUCAGAAAGUAAAAAUGUAUAAUUAAAAGUUGGUCCCCAA